GCGCCACAGUGCGGCCUCCACGGCGUUAACCAGCCACUGGGUUUGUUUGACACCCAGCAGGAAGAGCCUGAGCUAAUGAUGAGGUUUAGGAGUGAGAUAUGACUGCUGGCUGCCUGCUUGUUUAGAUCAAAUGCUGCAGAACUGAAUCGUAUUUACAAUGGAAUUCUGUGCCGAGUUGAACUGAUAUAUCUGGAGGUUAGCUACCGCCCGAGAAGGACAAAGAAAGAUACUGUGUGCCUACUGGGCGUGCCCACCCUCCUUUGCCAUGCUGGACCACGCCGACACUAGUUUGAGCCCUGAGGAGCGGGUGCGUGCCCUCACCAAGAAGGGCAGCGCUGUGGACGUGAACGGGGCCGUGCCGGCCCGCCGCUACUUCCGCUCGGGCAUGGAGAUGAUCCGCAUGGCGCACGUCUACGGCGAGGAGGGUAACCUGGAACACGCCUUCGUCCUGUACAACAAAUACAUCACGCUUUUUAUUGAGAAGCUCCCCAAACAUCCUGAAUACAAACUAUCCAACAUCCCAGAAAAGAAGGACACUCUUAAGAGGCUGAAGGAGAUCGCCUUCCCUCAAGCUGAAGAGCUGAAGAAAUGCCUGCUAAGAAGAUACGAGAAAGAAUAUGCAGAGUAUCUUGCCAAAAAGCGGGAGGAGGAGGCAGCUUUGGCCCGUGAGCUGUCCCGGCAGAGGGAGCUGGAGGCGGAGAGGAGACGUGUGGCGGACCUGCAGCGGAGGCAGCUGGAGCAGGAGCAGUUCAGCGCCUUCGAGGAGAUGAUCCGGCGGCAGGAGAGUGAGCGUGAGCGCCGACGUGUGCUCCAUGAGUUCUCCGUGCCGGCCUCGCCCCCCGGCGACACUCCACUUAUCCCUGGCAUCCAGGGCCCACCGCUGCCUUACCCACAGUCACCCACUCCCCCUCAGAGCCCACAGUGUGCCUCCUCCAAUAACAGCACGCCAUCGGCACCAGCCACGCCUACUCCAGCUCCUCCCCCGACCUUUGACCGCUCACUCAAACCAGGCUCCCUCAACAGGCCAGUCAACAGUACGUUGGUGGACGGACUGAGGCAGGUGGCCGUCCCCUCUGAGCUCUGCAGCAAGUUCCUGCACCUGGCCAACAGCAACACCACGCGAGCUGUGGAGACAUGCGGAAUUCUCUGCGGCCGACUGAACAGGAACGCGUUCACGGUGACGCACGUGAUAGUGCCUAAGCAGUGCGGAGGCCCCGAUUACUGCGACACCGAGAACGAGGAGGAGCUGUUCCUGGUGCAGGACCAGCACAACCUGAUCACGCUGGGCUGGAUACAUACACAUCCGACGCAGACGGCCUUCCUCUCCAGCGUUGACCUUCACACUCACUGCUCCUACCAGCUCAUGCUGCCAGAAGCCAUCGCCAUCGUCUGCUCGCCCAAAUUCAACGAGACGGGCUACUUCAGACUUACCGACUACGGCAUGGAGGAGAUCUCCACAUGUACCCAGAAAGGCUUUCACCCUCACCCCAAAGAGCCCCCUCUCUUUACCGGUGGCAGCCAUAUUGUGAUCACGGAGAGCACCGUCGCGAUGUUAGACUUGCGCUGAGCGGCUCAGCACCAUAAUGGCGAUUUUGAAGCAUUUUAAUCCAUGGAUAGCAGCUGCAUACCAUUAUUACCCUUAACUCGCUGUGUGGACAUCCAUUGGCUAGAGACAGGAUGGUGUUUUGACCAAUCAGCAUUUACAGGUGGUGGGAUAUCUUAAAGAGACAGACGGCUGUCUGCGUAAAGCACUUUUGAAAAGAAAACACUCUUGAAGGGGAAGUCUACAGUCGCAUCUGCUGGGAGCUCAGGGAUGUACACCUCUACGUAGAACUGUAACAUUACUCCGGUUCUCUUUGAAGACAGACUGUUGAUAAUUUCAUUUGUUCUCUUUUUUUGUCCCUAAGAGGCAUUUUGUCCUUAUCCUAAUUUUAUGGUGAUGUUUCACACUAAAAUAUCUCAUCAAUGUAAAUAACAUUAAAGCAAACUGAUGUUUUUAAAAUUA